AUGGACCCUCGUGCACUUAUUGCGGACGCUGAAAAAUUGACCAAACCCCAGUCAGGGUUCUUUUCCUUCAUUUCGGGCUCUUCAUCUUCUUACCGUCUUGAGGAGGCUACAGACCUCUACAUUCAAGCUGCGAACCAAUAUCGUCUUAGUAAAGAAUUUAACUUGGCAGGCCAGCAAUUUGUGAAAGCGGCAGAUUUACAAAAGCAGUUGGGUAACCACAAUGACGUCGCUAACCACUUGAUUGAAGCGUACAAGUGCUUUAAAGGCGUAUCCCCUCAGGAUGCGAUUGAUUCAUUAUCUCAAGCAAUUCACAUCUUCCUCACACAAAAUGGCCAAUUUAGAAGAGCCGCUAACUUUACCAUGGAUUUAGGAGAAUUAUACGAAUCUGUAGGCGAUACUGAGAGCGCUAUCAAGAGCUACGAACAAGCCGGUGACUAUUUCGUUACUGAUCAUGCGGAAGCUUUAUCUUCAAAGGCAUUCUUAAAAUGUGCCGAUUUAUGUGCAGGACUGAAGAACUUUAAGAAGGCCAUUGAGUUAUAUGACAACAUUAUUUCGAAGCUGUUAGGGAACAAUUUGACCAAGUGGAACUUGAAAGAUUACUUUUUCAAGCUGAUUUUAUGUAUCUUGUGUACAGAUGAUGUAGUUGAAGCGCACAAGAAGUCUAAUACCUUUUUAAAUGAUGAACCAUCGUGGGAAUCUACAAGAGAAUACAAGUUAAUCCAAGACAUUUUAGAGAGCAUUGAUGCAGGAGAUGUUCAAGGAUUUUCGGACAAGGUGUUUGAGUAUGAUCAAUUCAGCAAAUUGGAUAAAUUGAAGACGCAAUUGUUAUUGCAGAUCAAGAAUAGUGUAGUUGAACAGGAUGAUGAUGAUUUGUUAUAA